AUGGCGGGAGCACGAUGCAGCAUCUGCAUGAUGGCGCUGGGGGAGGCGACGAGCGCGAAGAAGUUCAGCGGGUGCAAGCAGUCAGCAUGCAAGGCAACACUGCUCUACUGCGGUGCAUGUGCUCUCAAGCAGAUCAAGCUGCUGGAGGAGCUGAAGGACGACAAGGAGCGAGUCGGGUGCGAAGACAAGUGUCCAGCAUGCCGGUCAACAUUCAAAUUCACUCGAACCACUACACCCAAGAGCCUGUUCACAGACGUCAACAUCGAAGAACUGAGCAGGAAGAGACCUUUGGAGGACGACGUCUUCGCUGAGAAGCGCUCUCGAGACGCACAGAUGGUGCCAUACGGAGUGAUCGGCAAGGAGUACGAAGAAGCUGCGAGAGCCAUGGCGCCGGGGAGGGAAGAAUGGCUGCUUCGAUCCAAAGAGGAGCAGGAGCAGAGCGAAAUGACGAUCAAGUCCAUCCUGGCAGCGGAAGCUGGGAGCUCAGCACAAGAAGCUGGGCAGGAAGAUCAGAUCAUGGAGCAGAUAAAGCUUCUAAAGGAGAUUGAGGAGAGACACCGGAAGAACAAAGAGGCUGAAGAAGCGAGUCAACGGGCCAUCCAAGAGAUUCUAGAUUCCGAGAACAAGCAAAAGGAGAUUGUAGCGGCCGACGAGGAGCUGGCAAGAAGGAUAGCAGAAGAGGUUCUCUAA